CCCCAGUCGUUCUCCGACACAUCAACAGGCUCCCGCAAUGCGUUUCAGUCGAGCUCCGGACGCCUUUCGUAACGCCACGACAUGCACCUCACGAGACGCCUCUGCGCUCCGCUGUCACAUUUUACGAGGAUGAAGUCUCUGGGUCUGUUUGCCGCUUUGACGGUGCUGGCUGCCCACAGCGCGGCGCUACGAGCCAGCGAUGUACCUGCGGUGGCGCUCAGCUCUGGAGGCUCCAUGCCCUUGGUGGGGCUGGGGACUUGGCAGGUGACAGGUGACCGGGAGCUGGAGCAGGCGUUGGACGCGGCGCUGGAGGCGGGGUACCGCCACAUCGACACUGCCACCAUUUACAACAACGAGCACCUGAUCGGCAAGGUGCUGAAGCGGUGGCUCUCGGAGGGCAAGGUGAAACGCGAGGACCUGUUCAUCUCCACCAAGUUGCCAGUGUACGCCAUGCGGGCAGCGGACGUGCCAGACCUGCUGAACCAGUCGCUGAGCAGGCUGCAGCUCGACUACGUGGACAUGUACCUCAUCCACAUGCCGUUCGGCGUGAACCGCGAGUCAUACAAUGGGGUCUCGAUCGUCGCCAUCGGGCCCAACGACACCGACCCCUCCACGGACCACCGGGCCAUCUGGGACGCCAUGGUGGCCGAGAAGGAGGCCGGCCGGGCCAGGGCCCUGGGCGUGUCCAACUUCAACGAGAGCCAGAUCGAGCGCCUCGUGAAGCACAGCGCGGUGCCGCCGGCCAACCUGCAGGUCGAGCUCCACCUGUUCCAUCAGCAGAAGCCCCUCGUCGAGUUCUGCAAGAAGAACAGCAUAACGGUGACGGCGUUCUCGCCCAUCGGCAGCCCCGGCUCCAAGUGGCUCAUCAAGCUCUCGGGGAAGGAGCUUCCCGAUCUGUUGAACGUCCCCGAGGUCCUGGAGAUCGCCAAGAAGCAUCGCAAGACCGCCGCACAGGUGCUGCUGCGACACAUCCUGCAGAAGGGCAUCGCCGUCAUUCCCAAGAGCUCCACCCCCGCUCGAGUUCGCCAGAACAUUGACAUUUUGGACUUCAGCCUCGACGACGAGGACGUCGCCAGUUUGGAUUCCCUGGACAAGGGCAUUGACGGCAAGCUGUUCAUCAUGAAAAACAUCGGCGGGUCGGUGAACCAUCCCGAGUACCCUUGGACCAAACUCCAAAACGAAGCGACCUCGUGAGAACGCACUUGGUGCGCUGGACAAGAGUGGUAUUAGGUGAUAGGUUUCGUAGGUGAUGGUUUCCCUGUAAACAGAGCAUUUAUUAAACUCAAAACCCCAGCCACUGGUUGCCCUGUAAACACAGCAUUUAUUAAACUCAAAACCCCAGCCACUGGUUGCCCUGUAAA